CGCAGUGAUGACUGGGAGGACGUGCAGUAUCAGGACACUGACUCUGAUGUUCCAGAGCACAGAGAGAACCGUGUCAAGGUGAAAUGGACCCUGGAGGAGGAUGAGACAUUGAAAGCCUUGGUGAGAACGUAUGGACAGGGAGAAUGGAAAACAAUAGCCAAUCAUAUGGUUAAUCGAACUGAACAGCAGUGUCAGCACAGGUGGCAACGUGUACUUCACCCUGACUUAGUCAAAGGACCAUGGACCAAAGAGGAGGAUGAAAAGGUAAUAGAGUUGGUGAAGAAAUAUGGAACUAAACACUGGACUCUGAUUGCCAAGCAGUUAAAAGGCAGGAUGGGUAAGCAGUGCCGUGAGCGCUGGCACAACCAUCUUAACCCGGAAGUGAAGAAGUCAUCUUGGACAGAAGAGGAAGACCGCAUUAUAUGUCAAGCGCACAAACUGCUGGGAAACCGCUGGGCUGAAAUAGCAAAGCUGCUCCCUGGGAGAACGGACAAUGCAGUGAAGAAUCACUGGAAUUCCACCAUCAAAAGGAAAGUGGAGACAGGCGGGUACCUGAACGGACGGAAGAGCAGUGUCACAGGAGAUCAGGAGGAGCAGGAUGACUCAGUUCCCAGACUGUUGUGCAGAAGAGCGAUCUAUGUUUGGUACCCCAGGAUAAAG